AUGAAGAACAGAAACCCAUCCUGGGGAUCCGUCAGGUCCAAGCUGACCCAGGAAGGCUACAUGUACAGGAUGAAGCUCGGAAAUCCUGCGCCGAACGCCAGUAGCCAACCUGCGAACCGUCGUCACUCGUCGUCCGCCUCGUCGUCGUCGGUGAAUGCACCAUCUUCCAUUCCGACGGACUCUGUCCCUUCUAGAUCGGGUGUAAAUGACACAGUCGCAGACGGCGGUAGCGCCGCCUUCCAGACUGUCAUCGAACUCCUGGAGCACUGGAAUCUUGGUGAUAACUUCAGGAGGGACCACGACCUGGACCCGAAUUCCACGUUUGAAUUCUUGUUCCAGUGCUAUGCACCUUUUGUUAUACACCGUCGCCAUAGAACGAUCCUCUUUGAGCCUGGUGACUUCCUCGAUGGGCUCAUGCUCCACGAUAGCAUGGUCGCAAAUGCUGUCCUAGUUUGGGCGGCAGACAUGCGAGAACGAUUCGGGACGGGCACACAGGGUGCGAGGGACGUGCUUUUGUCACAGCGAAACGAUGUCAUCAGAGAGCUCCGGGAGAGGAUCUCUUCCACAGAGACAUGUGCCUCCGACGCUGUUAUGAUGACAAUCCUUCUGCUGGUUGGAACUGAGCUUCUCCACGACAAUAUUGAUGCAAUGGGGACUCACCUCGGUGCCUUACGGCACAUCAUCCAAAUCAGGGGUGGAAUGGAUAGCCCAUCACUGAGCAAAUGGGUGAAGAUCCCGCUUCUCCAGUUCGAAAAUUUCCUGAACUACCGACACUUUGACCAUGUCAAGAGUUCCAGCUUCGAGGGUAUAUCGCCAAUGGGUGAAGUCCCUCACCACCAACCUUUGCCGGUAGCCCGUGCUCGUCUGGCUAAGUUGCCUCCUGGGUUCACCGAACUGUUUCGCAGCACUCCUGUCAAGGUACAGGUCGUGAAUCUUGUGGAAAGAAUGGCCCAAUGGGCUCUGCAGCUUGCCGAUCUUUCCGAGGCAGGAGCAGAUGGGGAACAGACUGCAGCAGUCGUGCAUGCAAUGACGUUGGAUGCAUUCCGGGCCUUUGACUUGCUCCAACAAGACCAGCUCGAGGAGAUGGAGCGGUUGUUGGUCAUCGGCUUGUUUUCCUUUUGCAUCUUCAUGAACGGUGAGGCGAUCUACUCGGUGAUGGAAUGGGCUCAACGACUUCACUGCAUGGCCCUUGUUGGCAAACCUAUCGCCCCAAUCACGAAUGAGGGUCGCGCAAGCAUGAUCUGGGUUGCCGCCAUGUUGAUGGCGACGGGAGGAGAUGGCUCUCCAGCGUGGCAGUUGGGAAGGCGAAUCAACAGCGCAUGCAGUGUUGCGGAUGCUGGCUUACAGGUCAUUCUCCAAACAAGUCAGAGAUAUUUUUGGGAUCAAGAUCUGACCACGAGACUGAGUGGCGGCACAAUGGGAAGCAUGCAUGGCAAUUUCUUCGGAGAUGGGGUAUGA